CAGCAAUCAAAAGAUCAAAGAUUCAAAAAAAAAAAAAAAUCAAAAUCAAAAGAUCAAAGACCCGACGUGGAAAUCCAAUCGUCAAUAACAGAAUCCCUAUCAACAUCUAUUUAAGACCCCUCUUUUCAUCUUAUCUUCAUCAAAACCCUCUCUCUCUCUCUUUCUAAUGGCCAAAAUCCCAUCUCUCUUCCUCUUUCUUUCUCUUGCCUUCAUCUUCUCCCCAUCUCGAGUAGACUCGCGUCAGGCAUUCGCAUGCGUAGGCAGCGCCAGCCACUUCCCCUUCUGCCGCACGUCCCUCCCCAUCCCCGACCGCGUGAGGGACCUGAUCGGACGGCUGACGUUGGACGAGAAGAUCAGACUGCUCGUGAACAACGCUGCCCCCGUCCCGAGGCUCGGGAUAGGAGGGUACGAAUGGUGGUCUGAGGCCCUCCACGGCGUCUCCAAUGUGGGGCCCGGCGUGAAAUUUGGCGGGAACUUCCCCGUGGCUACUAGCUUUCCGCAAGUCAUCUCCACCGCUGCUUCCUUCAAUGAAUCUCUCUGGGAAGAGAUUGGACGGGUGGUGUCGGAUGAAGCACGAGCGAUGUACAACGGCGGUAUCGCCGGACUGACGUACUGGAGCCCCAACGUGAAUAUAUUCCGCGAUCCGAGGUGGGGGCGAGGACAGGAGACUCCCGGUGAGGACCCGGUACUAGCCAGUAAAUAUGCGGCAAGGUACGUCAGGGGACUGCAGCAGCCGUACGGGAAAGACGGUAACCGGUUGAAGGUGGCCGCUUGCUGCAAGCACUACACGGCCUACGACCUCGAUAACUGGAAAGGCGUUAAUCGCUUCAAUUUCAACGCCAAGGUUAGCAAGCAAGACCUUGCGGACACGUACAAUGUGCCAUUCAAGGCGUGCGUGGUGGAAGGAAAGGUAGCAAGCGUCAUGUGCUCGUAUAAUCAGGUUAACGGCGUCCCGACCUGCGCGGACCGGAAUCUCCUCCGAAACACCAUCCGUGGCGAUUGGGGCCUCAACGGAUACAUCGUCUCGGAUUGCGACUCGGUGGGCGUUCUCUACGACACGCAACACUACACAUCUACGCCGGAAGAAGCCGCAGCGGCCACCAUCAAAGCAGGUCUGGAUUUGAACUGUGGGCCCUUCCUAGCACUGCAUACGGAGGAAGCCGUACGUGUGGGAAUGCUGAGGGUGGCUGAUGUUGAUAGCGCCCUUGCUAAUACAAUUACGGUCCAGAUGCGGCUCGGAAUGUUUGAUGGUGAGCCAUCAGCUCAGACCUUUGGGCACCUUGGGCCCGCCGAUGUUUGCACCCCAGCCCAUCAACAGCUGGCCCUUGAAGCUGCCCGGCAAGGGAUCGUACUCUUGAAGAAUACGGGGCGCACACUGCCUCUAUCGCCGGCCCAUUUCCAUACAAUCGCCGUUAUUGGACCCAAUUCCGACGCUACCGUUACCAUGAUUGGGAAUUAUGCUGGUAUUCCAUGUGGAUAUACAACACCUUACCAAGGGAUUGGUAGAUACGUCAAGACCGUCCAUCAAAUCGGGUGUCGCAACGUGGCGUGUGGUGAUGACGCACUAUUUGGGACCGCAGAACGUGCGGCCCACAGUGCCGAUGCGACGGUACUCGUCAUGGGCCUCGACCAGUCCAUGGAGGCCGAGUUCAUCGACAGGGAAUCAGUCCUCCUCCCCGGGCGCCAACAAGAGCUAAUAUCUAGAGUGUCCAUGGCAUCUAGGGGGCCCACCAUAUUGGUCCUUCUAUGCGGUGGGCCCGUCGAUGUGUCCUUCGCCAAGAACAAUCCCAAGAUCGCUGCCAUCCUUUGGGCCGGUUAUCCAGGCCAGGCCGGUGGGACAGCGAUCGCCGACGUCAUUUUCGGAGGGUUCAAUCCAGGAGGCAAGUUGCCUGUGACAUGGUACCCGCAGGAGUACGUAGCGAAGGUGCCCAUGACGAACAUGGCCAUGCGAUCUGAACCGUCGAAAGGCUAUCCAGGCCGUACAUAUAGGUUCUACCACGGCGAUGUCGUAUACCCAUUCGGCUACGGCCUAACCUACACCUCAUUCGUCCAUAGCCUGGCCCAGGCCCCAGCAACGGUUUCGAUCCCGCUCGGUGGCCCACAGGCCUCAUUUCGCAAUUCCACAGUAAUGGGCCAGGCGAUCAGGGUCACACACGCCAAUUGCGAUGGUCUGUUGCUUGAUCUACACGUGGAUGUUAAGAACACCGGUGAGAUGGAUGGAUCCCACACGCUACUUGUUUUCUCGGCCCCUCCAGCGGGCCGCUGGGCCCCACUCAAACAGCUCGUGGCAUUUAAGAAGGUGCAUGUAGCGGCACGGUCGCAGGCACGUGUGACACUCGAUGUGCACGUGUGCAAGCACCUCAGCGUCGUCGAUCGGGACGGAAUUCGGAGGAUUCCGGUCGGCGAACACAGUCUGUAUAUCGGCGAUCUGACACACACGGUGUCAUUGCAAGCUGAAAAUAUCAAAGUAUAGUUAGUCGGGGAAAAGACGGAAAUGCCCAAGCGCCAUUUCUCAUAAUGACAAACAUGUCCUACCGGUCAUUUCUCAAAAUGACCGGCAUGCCCUUUUCUUAUCUGUGUCAAAAUGGCAUAGAAAAUUAAAAUUAAUUUAAAAAAUAGAAGGGUAUGAUUGUAAAUUUGAAGGGAAGGAAGGCCAGUUAUGUGUUGUCAUUGAAAGAUAAGGGGUGGGCAUUUUUGUCAAGAUAUAUUGGUAAGGUUGAUAGUUGGCGUUGGGUAGGAGUCGUUUUAGUUAUAAAGAAAGAUGAAAAAGAUUGGAAGGUGCCUCAAGUGGCCCACUUGUAAUAGUUUAUUUAACAGUUGUGAUUGUUGCUCCCUCAAGGGUUUGAAUUGUGAUGAACGGUGGAGAUCAAAGGUCUCCCAAUAAAAUAAAUAAAAGUUCAUAUUUGAAAUGUA